UAUCCCUGUAUGUAAUGAGGAACUAUAACGUCAACGUUGUGUUUAAGUACGACGAAUAUUUAGUGCGGACACAGUUGGCAACAUUCAUCCUGGGCGAAGAGCUGCAGCAGGUGGAGGGAUGAGCCGCUCUUCUGUGACCGGGCAGGAUGCGCAAGAAGCAAGCAAUGGUGUGGACACAUCUGACUCUCCCAAAGCUUCAGAUUGGUCAGGUCCUCAUGGAUUCACCACCCAGGGGUUAAAGUUCAGGGAUGGGGCUGAUUUCGAGCCUCACGAGGGUUCACCUGCUCAGUCAGAGACUCUCAGACACACACUUCACAACAUGGACUCAUGUAGAGAUGCACACACAGAUCACUCUGAGUCCACAUCUACAGAGUCACUGGUUCAGCACAACCAAUGUGCACAUGUUCUAACUGAAGACGGCUCACACAAGGACACGCACUCCUGUGAGACUGAACUACUACACGGCCACUCUAAAAAAGAACUGGAAGAAUGGAUAGGGGAUGAGGAUGAGAGAAAGACAAGUGAUGGAGAGGUGAACAAUGUCAACAAGAGAGAGAUCAAGCAAAAAAAGGAGACACUUAUUUCUGUACAGCCAUUUGGUCUGCUCUCAACUGAACACCCUUCCACUCGCUCUGAGCCUGAAGAAUGGGCCGAUAUUGAUUCAUUGGAUGAAGUCCAGCCAAAUGCUUCCAUUUCUCCUGAUGAGGCCCCUCCCCUUGUUCCGGCCCCUCCUCCCAACCAGGCCCCACCCCCUCUGCUGCCAAACCUGGACGAUUCUCCGUGCCCGGCUCACGUGAUGGCAGAGGUGCGUGUACGGUCAGUACCAGAGCGAGAUCGAGUCGUGCGUGGCAUGCAGGACAGUAAGAGCCUAGAUGAGAUCAGUGGGGCAUGUGGGGGCGGGGCACGAGGAGGCGGGGCUAGAGGCGGCCAGGUGGAAGGACGCAGAGCUACCAUAUCCAGUGCCCUCGAAUUGGAGGGAACCGUCAGCCAUGAUGGAGAUCUCACGCACUUCAUCGCCAAAAAUCUUGAACAGAAGAUUAAAAUGAGCUUGCGGCCAAGUCUGGACACAGAUUCGGACUGUUCUGGGCCUGUGGUACGUGGUCAUGGCUCUUUGCGUCGGCCGGCUGAUAUUCCACCCAUUGACCCGUCAGUGCUGGAAGACCUGCACAAACACACACAGGAUGUGGCUCAGAGUGUAGAACUGAUGCUGCGAAGCCUCAAUGGAACUAUACAGAAUAUGACUGCUUUAAGUGUGGGUUAUAUCCAGACAUACAGAGACUCUGUGGACAGUUUGGGAGAGUCAGUAGACAUGAGUAUAAAGGGAAUGUACACACUCAUGGCCCGGUGUGAGGAGCUAGAUCGCUCCAUGCAACCUAUACAUGCUCUAGCUGCUCAGAUCAGAGACAUCAAACGAACCCUUGAUGCCCUAGAGACCAUCUGCAAGUAACUAUGGCAACAAACUACACCCCCUCUCCGAAUGAGGACUCCAUCCCUUGGAGAAAAGCAGUGGCUCCACCUCCUGCAGUCAUUCUGCUACACACCGUGCAAUGGAAGCGUUUUGCUAAUUAUAAUGUUUACUAGCAAUGCUCUGCAAGUGCUCAUCCCCUUACUGACAGCUUGGUUCUCACCCUUCCCCUCGGAGACCACAUCUUUAAUCACCUCCUUUUGUCUUGGCUCCUCCCCUCUAGAACUUUCGCACAGCAAAAUUGACUCCUCCCUGUGAUUCAUGCCGUCCAACAACUUCCACGUGAGCACAGGAAGCACUGUCUGUUGUUGGUGGCUCUAGGGCGACUGAUUGGUUUUACUGUUGCCUGUUUAUGAAGUGUGUGUGUGUGUGUGAUUGGAACCAUUGGUGGAUGUUUUGAUGGAUUGCAUCGUUGGUGUUAAAUGCACCAUCUCUAAUGGCCUCAAAUUUAAAACAUAGAGUAGUUUAACACCAAUAUUCGCCAGUAUAGAAGCCAUGCUCUGUGUAUACUUGUUCCUCCCGGACGUCUUUGUUUCUGCAGGAUGGAUGCUAUGCAUCCCAGAUCAGUUCUUCUUUUCACAGCGACCACUGUUAAAUGGAUAGUUCACCUGAAAAUAAAUUCUGAUAUCAUUUACUCACCCUCAUGUUGUUUGAAACCUGUAUGACUUUUUCUUCCAUGGAGUGCAAAAGGAGAUUUUAUUGAAGACUUUGCUUGCUGCUCAUGUUUAUACAAUCACCAUAAAUCAUGAGUAACGACUUCCUUUUCAAUCUGUUUCUCACACAAAGAUAUCAUAUUACUUUGGAAGAGUUGUGAACACAUAAUAUGAACUACUGUUAUAAUGAAGCUUGAACUCUUUAGUGUACAUUCAUAAUCUCCAGUCAUUAAUUUUAGGGAAGUCGUGGCCUAAUGGUUAGAGAGUUUGACUCCUAACCCUAAGGUUGUGGGUUAGAGUCUCGGGCCGGCAAUACCACGACUGAGGUGCCCUUGAGCAAGGCACCGAACCCCCAACUGCUCCUCAGGCGCCGCAGCAUAAAUGGCCACUUCACUUUUUUUUUUUAAUUGCAUGGAAAAGAGUGGUCAGGACAUUCUUCAGAAUAUCAUAUUUUGUGUUCCUCAGAGGAAAGAAAGUCAUACAGGUUUGGAACGACAUGAGGGUGAGUAAAUAAUGGCAGAACUAUUCCUAACACAAGCGCCAUAAAGGCCCGCCUACAAAUAUUGGACUCUUGAUUACGGUAUUGAGAGUCAUGACAAAUGUCCUGUAAUUUGAUUAACUGUUUUGUUGUCUGCAAGUGUUCCCCACAAGAACCUCACAAAUCAGAGGAAGGUCAGGAAAGAUUGGCGGUGGAUGUGAAAAAAAAAAAAUCAGGAUGGAUGAAAGUUUAUGAUCUUUACCUUUCUCUGUUUGUUCCUGUUUGAAUCGUCUCUCUUUAUCACUGUCUUGCUAAAUAUAACCCUGAUUUGUCCAACAAUCUGUCAUCACUGUAUAUUUUAAAUUGUUAUAUGAUAUAACAAAAUAAAUUUGCUAGAAUGAUACUUGA